AUGUCCUUCUUCAAACCUCUGGCUAAGAAGCAUCGCGAAGAGGCUACUGGGAACCUAUUCAAACAACUCAACUGGUCUCACCAUGUCCUCGAGCAUGGUCAAGAUCUUUUCUCCCCCUCCAAGGCCUUCGAACAUGGGAUAACAGCCACCAUAACUGCAAUGGCCUACGACCCUCUCCAGUCAUUUCUGGCUGUCGGUACAGCGGAUGGCCAUUUUCAUCUUUGGGGAUCACCCGGAGUUUCAUCGUCUUGGCAAAAUCGACCGGCACACUCGAUCAAAUUCUUGAACUUCAAGUCUGGGUCUCCUCUGAUAUGUGCCAUAGAUGUCAAAAAUUACCUGACGGUUUACAAUCUAUCGAGAAUUCAAGACGGAGGGCCACUUCGAGAAUUUACCCAUUCAAUACGAUCAACCGUAACAUGCCUCGAUGUCUCACCGGCACACUCGCACAUGUUCCUAGGUCUGGAAGAUGGCACGGUGGAAUGCUUUGACCUUGAACGUGGAAUUGUAUCUCCUUACAGAAUUCGGAAUCUUUGGUUUGAGCAAGAAGCACUUUACCGGAGAAGCGGUGCUCCGGGAGCCCCCAGUGCACGUCACAUUCCAAUCUGUACAGAUAUUAAGAUCCAUCCCAAUGAUAUCAAUCUGAUCCUGAUAGCUCACGAAGGCGGGAUCUCACUCUAUAAUCUGAAGCAAGAACUCGUUGUCCGGAGAUUUGAACUGAUCAUUCCACCUGGAGUAAUCGGAGGAAACUCGGAUCCUAAUCACCCCUCCGUUUUCGAGGAGCGCCGACCCAAUGUCAACUGUAUCUGUUUUCGACCUGAUGGGCUAAUAUUUGCAGCAGGAUAUUCAGAUGGCUGUUUGGCUUUUUGGUCCAUCGAUGAUGGCGAAAUUCCCCUGUUGGUCAGAACGAUAGAUCGUGAAAAUGUUACCACGUUCGACUGGCAAGAGGCGCCGGAUACGGAAAUCUCUGAGACGGUAUCAGCCCCCGGCUCCCAGACCAGAGAACCUAUAUUCAGAUUGGCGUGGAGCCAUUCUCCAGUUGCUCAAAACAGUAAUUCCAAUCAAUCCGAUAAGAAUGACCUGGCGAAAGACGGUACAAAACUAGUUAUCCUUGGUGGUCUCCUAGUCAUUGAUCCUAUCGGCGUUCAUGUAUUACACUAUCCAAAGUAUUAUCCGCACAGCAAAACAACAUCCGAAGGCAAUGGUGACAUUCGGGGUGCCAUGAAAGACUCAGUCUCGUCUGUUGGGCACUCUUUGUACCCGACGGAUGAGAUUCCGGACGAUUUCCUUCUGAUACCGAGAAAGACUCCGUACUUCGAUGGCGCUGAAGAUCCACUGGCAAUCUUGAUCAGCUCUACUUGCAGAAGGAAACAUGAUUGGCUUCACUCGGGACCCGCUGCGGAAGACGAUAAUUUGCGUUUUUCCAGUCGCACUGUGCACGGCUAUACUUUCCCCCCCGAUACCCACAAGGAAACCCAAGAGUAUUUCCUGCCUAGUUCAUUUGAUUGGAUCGGCUCUAAAACCGUCGUUCUCAGUCAGCUAUUCGACUUGUCAGAGCUCGCUUACCAAUUUUAUCUAUCUUCGAAUGCGAAUACCUCUGCCCAACUCCAAACUGCCCACCUUGAUCAUCUACCUUUGCGCGGCGGCCAAGCACAUGUGUCACCUCUUAUCUCAGCCUCCCUUGAAGACCAAUACCAACAAACUUCUGCUGUGCUUUCUGAGUUUUCUCUCCAGUACAGGAUACUCGUCACUGUACAUGUGGAUUAUAAAAUUCGAUUUUGGGAUAUUAGUCCGGCGUUGCUAUUACCCAAGUUACACGGCUCGUCUGAAUUGGAUGACCUACAAGAACAAGGUGGCACGCGAAAAUAUGGAUUUGACUUGAAGUCUGACUUCCCUCGCCGGCUGGACCAUCUGACAGUUGAUAUGACUGCUCUCUUUCGACAUUCAUCCAGUAGCCCGCUCAGUUUCAAAUUGGCCGCGCCCAUUGAACUACAGCUAAAUCCAGAAAGCCUUGAUCUAUUGAUAAUUCUCGCCAACAGAGACUCUCUGCUGUAUACUUUCCAUCAACAAUCUGCUUCCAUUAAACCAAUAAUGUAUCCUACAGGAUUAGAUACACCACCCUCUUCAAGUCCAUCGGCCCAGCCAAUGAACUCACAAUCACACCAUGCCGAUUUAAGUCAAGAUAGACCUCCAGAGUCACCGGGUACUCCCAGUACGCGACCUUCAAACCUACUUCAGCUGGCAGGGAACCCAGCAGGAUCUGCAGACAAAAGCCUCGCCAUGAUUGCCUUGAGUUCAUCUGAAGAGCUCGGCGUACUUUCAAGCGGAUUUUCACCGAUCGCAUUGAUCCAAAUCACUGGGUCAGAAGCCCAGAAUCCUUGUAUCGAUGAUCGGGGCGAGGGUCAGAGCGGUGUCCAGUAUGCUCUGACGGACAUAGGAUUUCUUGCGAUCGCCCAUCCUCAGGAAGAGUGGAUCAAAGUUGUUGACCUGAGGAAGUCUAAGCUCCUAUUUAGCGAUGUGAUUCGGCAUGAAAGUAAAUCUAAAGGCAAAAGCAAAGAAAGUGCGAUAUGCUGUAUGUACUGGACCAUCGCCCGCACGGAAUCGGAUUCCGCCACUCUUCCUCGACUAAUAGUUGCUUACGCGAACGGGCUCUUUAAUGUGAUUACAUUGACUCCCUCUGAUAUGGCUUCAAUUGACAAUUGGACUGCAUCAUCGAACGCCACUGAUACAUUCAGAUGUGAUCUAAAUCACAAAAAUGGCCCCUUGAACUGUCCCAUCUCAGUUUUCCUCUUUGACUCGGAUGGACAUCCUUUAGUAGCAAAUCUUUCAAGUCUGAGGAAUGCACUGUCUCAGGACACGCGUAGCAAAGGAGUAUUUGAAGAUGACCCGGUUGCAUCGCCCAAAGUAUCUUUAGACUCCGUUUUGGUCAUCGUUUGCUCUCAAUCGGUCAUUGUUAGGAUGAACUUGAAUGGGCCGCAACUCAAUUGUCGAGCUGAUAUAUCUCCUGAACCAAUCGUCCAAGCUUCGACCAUAUCGUACCAAGGCUCUCAUGUGCUCCUUUUGAUCGACCAAAAAAGAUCCUGCUACAUUCUAUCUUUACCCAAGUUGGAACUAAUUUGUCGAACGUGCUUGCCAACUUCGAACCCGGUUGAUCAAAUGGACAAAUUUUAUAUUGAUGGCUUUGCGGAUGUGCUAGAUCAAUCACACUUAUCAACCACUCAAUUGUCCACCCUGAUUUUCGGUCGAGAUUUGAUCUAUUCGCCGGCGCUCAAGCUUUAUGACCCGAACAUCACCCUGCCCGAUCCACCCAGACCGUACUCCUCGCUCUUAACCACGAUGACGACGAAUCUAACGUUGAAUAUAGCCUCCUGGUUUAGUCAAAGUUCACAUACGACCGAAGCUCAGGGCGGGGCAAGCGGAACGAGCAGAGUGACGGGCGCGGAGCUAGAUUCCUUUCUUGCGGGCCCACUCCGACCAGAAGUCAAGAAAACAGUGCCCCAGCCUCCACGGGCGAAACAAAGCCGGUCGAAAAGCUUUCUCCCAAACCAACCCCGAUCUCAUUCUAAGGACCAUUCUUCCAAGGACCGGGCUAGCAAGCCGGCGGCGACAACGAUUGGCUCGAGCGCCACUGACACCAAAACUCAGCUCACUCAGAAUAUCGACGGCUUGGAUGAACGCUCGGAUCGGCUCAGGUUCCUUAACGAACGCUUCGAUGACAUGGCAGAGGCCUCUAAUGAUAUGUUGAAUCAAGCUAAACGCAUCGCACAACAACAAGCCGCUAAAUCUACAUUUUCUACUGGGCUCUCUAGUGUUAAAUCGUUUUUCAAGUAG